UACUCCCCUCCCAAUAUGGCGCUGUGGAUUACGUACGAGAUGACGUUUUAUUACGUCAUUCUCUUGCGACUAUUUACAAACGCUCGGCUGCUUUUACGAUGCGCUGCUAUGACCGAGACAGACUGCUGUGUCCUGGAUGAGGAGGACUUCCGUCGCUGCUGUCGUCUCCUCCUUCAGCGGUCGGAGCAGCUGAGGGAUGGCUGGAGCUGGGAGGUAGUCCAGGGUUCAGAUGAAGGGUACCUGAGGAAGACUGCUCUCAGAUCAGUUCCAGAUCCACAAACAAGCACCUGUAGUUCCAGACCCAAACAAUCAAAGGAGGAGCCUGAUUGUGCUUCCUCGCUUGUUCCCGACAGCGGGAGAGGUGAGCUGGAUGAGGAAGAUGAUGGCAGCUGUAUAGUGAGCGAAGGCAGCAGCGUGGUGCUUCAGUACGAGUACCACAUCCUGUACUCCAGCAGCUACAGUACUCCAGUGCUGUACUUCAGAGCCUUCACUCUGGAGGGGCGGAGCUUGACGUUAGAAGAGGUGUGGAGCUUUGUUCACCCAAACUUCAGACUUUGUCUCCAGAACUCUCCUUUAAAUGCUCUAAGUCAGCAGGAGCAUCCGCUGUUGGGUCAGCCAUUCUUCUACCUCCACCCCUGUAGGACGGAGGAGUUCAUGAAGUUGGUGCUGACAGCAGCUGAGGAUAAGCACAGGCCGAUGAACUACGUGUUGCUGUGGCUCAGUUUGGUGGGUCCUGCCGUUGGUCUGGAUGUUCCUCUGGAGUACUGCAUCGAACCCCAGCCUUCGGACCCGGUCAGUGACAUCUAGCUGGAUUAAAGCCUGGCCCCGGGGACCCCUUGGGACGGUUUCUUUGUGCCUGCUGUUAAAUUGGAAAACAUCAAUAAACGGCCUCUUCUGGUCUUGA